AUGGACGCCGCAACUCUCCUCGCCAACUCGCUCUCAGAGAACGCCGCCACUCGCCAAAGUGCGACCGAGCAGCUCGAGGUCGCUCGCCGCGACAACCUCGCAGGGUACCUCCACACUCUUGCGCAGGAGCUCGCCAACGAGUCUGCACCCUCCCACAUCCGCAACGCCGCUGGUAUCGCCUUCAAGAACGCCGUCUCUGCCCGCGAUGCUGUCAACCAACCAGCACUGUCCGAGGCAUGGAUGGCCCUUUCUGAUGACGUCCGCAAUUCUCUCAAGCACUCUUUGCUGUCGUCGCUGGCGUCCCAAGACAAGCGCGCCGCAGGUGUCGCCGCGCAGGCUGUGUCCGCUGUGGCCGCUGUCGAGCUUCCUCGCGGGAGCUGGUCCGAGCUCAUCGGCCAGUUACUCCAGUUUGUCCAGAACGAGGAAAACACGGGCCUCCGCGUCGCCACCCUCCAGACCAUCGGUUACAUCUGCGAGGUUGUCCAGCCUCAGUACUUGUCUGCACGCUCCAACGAGAUCCUCACUGCCGUCGUCCAGGGCGCGCGCAAGGAGGAACCAAGCACCGAUGUUCAGACCGCGGCUAUCAACGCCCUUUACAACUCGCUCGAGUUCAUCCGUGACAAUUUUGAGCGCGAGGGUGAGCGCAACUACAUCAUGCAGGUUGUGUGCGAGGCGACCCAGAGUACCGCCGUUCCAGUGCAGGUCGGCGCGUUCGAGUGUCUCGUGCGCAUCAUGAGCCUUUACUACGAGUUCAUGGAGCUGUACAUGGAGCGUGCUCUCUUCGGACUCACGAUUAUGGGCAUGAAGCACCCCGAAGAGCCCGUCGCGCUCCAGGCGAUCGAGUUCUGGUCUACUGUCUGCGAAGAGGAGAUCGAGAUUGGCAUCGAGUCCCAGGAGGCCCUCGCGUACGGUGAGGAGCCUGCCGUCGUGUCCAAGCACUUUGCCAAGAUGGCCCUCAACGAGAUCCUCCCCGUUCUCCUCGAGCUCCUCACCCAACAGGAGGAGGACGCUGACGAGGACGAGUGGACAAAGUCGAUGGCUGCCGCGUCUUGUCUCGAGCUUCUCGCUCGUGAUGUCGGCGACGCCAUCGUCCAGCCUGUCGUCCCCUUUGUGGAGCAGGGCAUCCGCAGCUCCGAGUGGCGUCACCGUGAGGCGGCCGUCAUGGCCUUUGGCUGCAUCCUCGACGGCCCCGAGUCCAACACUCUCUCGACCCUCGUCGCUCAGGCCCUCGGCACGCUCAUCAGCAUGCUUCAGUCCGACCCCGACGUCCACGUGCGCGACUCGGUCGCCUGGACUCUGUCCAAGAUCACCGAGCUCAUGCUCGAGGUUGUUGACACUGGCAGCCACCUGCAGAACCUCGUCCAGGCUCUUGUCAUGGGCGUGCAGAGCGGGACUCCUCGCAUAAUCAACUCGUGCUGCUCGGCGCUCAGCAACCUUGUGAUCCAGCUCCUCCCGGCCGACAUGAUCUCCGAGGACCCUGCGACUUCGCCCAUGUCGCCAUUCUUUGAGCCCAUCUUCAAGGCCCUUAUGCCUGUCACCGAGAAGGCCACCAACGACGGCAACUGCCGCACCGCCGCGUACCAGACCAUGGCUACCUUUGUCGCCAACUCGGCUCUCGACACCCUCACCAUGGCCGAGCAGGUCACCGUUGAGAUGCUCCGUCGCCAGGAGGCCCUUAUCGGCAUGCAGAACCAGCUGCUUGGCAUGGACGACCGUAACAACUGGAACGAUAUGCAGAUCAACAUUUGCGUCGUCAUCCAGGCGUUUAUCCAGAAGACUCCUGCGCUCGUCCAGCCCUACGCCGACCAGAUCAUGACCAACCUUCUCACCAUCCUCAGCUCGUCCGCCAAGCACGGCGCUGUCCUCGAGGACCUUCUCGCCACCAUUGGUGCGCUCGCUGGCGCACUCGAGGUUGGCUUCGUCAAGUACAUGGAGGCAUUCUCGGGCUUCCUCCUGGCGGCACUCCAGGCUGUCGACGACUACCAGGUCGUCCAGGCUGCCGUCUAUUGUGUCUCGGACGUCGCGCGCGCGAUCCAGGAGCAGAUUGCCCCUUACGCUGAGAGAAUCAUGGUUGAGCUCAUUGCCAUCCUCCGCAGCCCCGUCAUCCACCGGCAGGUCAAGCCAACGGCCAUCACCGCCAUCGGCGAAGUCGCGCUCGCCGUCGGGCCAGAGUUCGCACGGUUCCUCGAGACCACCAUGGCCAUCCUCAGCCAGGCCGGCGCGACCACCGCGUCGUCGAACGACCUCGCGCUGAACGAGUUCGUCUGGACCAUGCGUGAGGCCAUCGUCGACGCUUUCAUUGGCAUCAUGAACGGACUCAAGGCCGGUGAUCCCGCACCGAUGCUCCCCUACGUCGGAGGCAUCAUGACCUUCCUCCAGGGCUGCAUGAGCGAGGAGGACCGGACCGAGGAUUUCAUCACCAACACUCUCGGCCUUAUCGGCGACUUUGGCGACACGUUCAAGGGCACCGUCCGGGACGUGCUCUGCACCGAGUGGGUGCAAAUGGCGAUCGCCGUCGGCCGCCAGCGUGGUGCCAGCAAGCAGUCGCGUACCAACGCCGCGUACGCGCAGAAGACCAUCAAGGAGCUGUCCAAGUAA